GUCAUAGGAAUGAGGCAGACUGAUUCAUCUACUCACCACAUACGUCCGCUUUAGAGUACCAGGCACAAACGGCUAUAUUAUCUCUAAGUGACCAGAGAUGAGAGACUCGCAGGACGAAAGAUCACGCUCCAGAAGUAAAGAAAACGACGGAGGAAGAAAGCAGCGCAAACGAUCCUCUACACCAAAUAAAGAUUCAGAAAACACUGAUAAUGAGAAAGAAAGCGGUGAUAAAAAACCCACAAAACAACCAAAUACCCGGCCAUCAUCCAGAAAAAAAACUACUCCCAAGUCCUCCUCCCCGCCUUCCUCACCCACCACUACCACCAUUCAAUCCUCCGCCAGCACCACCGCCGCCAUCAAAUCCGCGAGAAACAAUGGUAGGGGGAGUACUACUGGCAGACGGAUGACAACAGAUGUGGGAUUGACAAUGGCAACUACAACAAUACGACCAAUACAAACAUCAGAACCGACGUUGACCCCGUCCUCACCAAACAGUUCCAACAUGGCGAUAAUCACUGUCUUGGCGUCGGUGGCAGGACUUGUCUUUUUUAUAAUCAUCCUCCUAGCGUUCUUUCUGGCCUGGCGGAGGUGGUGUCAAAGUCGACCAGCUACAGAGGAGACCCACGGGAAUAAGUCUACCUACCAUAUGUACUCAGAGAUAGACCACACCACGAUGGUUUUGGAUGAAGAACCCAGAGUCCCUUCCAAUCAUCCUGCUACAGACGUAAACGAAAGAGCUAUUCCGAGUGCACCACCCAAUGAAGUCAUACCCGACAAUCCGGUCAACGAUAUUACUUAUGACAAGCUGCACCAGAAGGAACUUGUGGAAUCUGAAAACACAUACUCCGUUUUAGAUCCCAGAUUAGUUGACCUGAAUGAUCCACGAUUAAACACAUACGACGUAAUGUCCAAUAUAACCGGAAAGUCCGUUAAUGCAGACGAUGCAGCCGCGACAUUAGAACAGGGUCGUCACGUGACACCGUCAGUCUCACCAACACCGGAAUGUAACAAGGAAGUUGAUUGCAAUACAAACCUUGAUUCUGAAACAUCUGGUGAUGGUCAGUACUUCUUGCUGGAAAAACUUCCCGAAAGUACCGAGCCAGUCGUCAAUUUUGAAGGCCAAGAACUUUCUAAUGAAGUAGGGUCGGACAACUACUUCAAAUUGGAACCAAGAACUUGACCAUAUGGACAGUUUUUACAGCGGGAGAAUGGGGCAAUGGAAGAAGAUGUGGUACGGGUUGGGUAGGUGGGGUAGGGACAUUGUAGAGGUAGGGGGAUUGUUGGAGGUGUGUGUGUACGUGGGUGUGUGUGAAAACAGGUUAGAUUGUAUGCCGGACGUAUUUUGCUGUGCAGGAAGCAGGAAGGGUUGUUGUCGUCUGAUUGUUCAUAUACAAUUGUAUCAUGGUGUAAUAACAGUUGUAUCAUGGUGUAAUAACAGUUGUAUCAUGGUGUAAUAACAGUUGUAUCAUGGUGUAAUAACAGUUGUAUCAUGGUGUAAUAACAGUUGUAUCAAUUGCCUGUCGCCAUCUACAAAACUGACCGAGCUUAAAAUGUGAUAAACGUGCUAGUAGCAUACACGAAAUGAUUCAAUGCCUUUUUCAUCACGGCCAAAUUAUUUAUCGUUUACAUGAUUUCGUUUGACUUUAUGAGAAAUUACUGAAUGCGUGAAUACCAUUAUGCAGUAUUGGUAAACAAAGGCAAAUACACUUCUAGGUAGAUGUACAUUGUGUCCUCAUAUUUAGUUGUUGUGCCAGAAAGGCAUUGGAAAUGAAUGUUGUAUGAUUAUGUAAAAACUGCAUGAUACAUAGUGUCCAGUUUGUAAAUAUUAGUGUUUAAAAUGUAUUUUGUGACUGAUUUAUAGUUUAAUAUUUCACUCACAUGCCUGUAAACAGUAUAUGUCAUUGUCAUACUGCAAAUGUAACAUUUGGUUGACCAAUCACCAAACUGUGAUUGUGUAUAUUCCGAUUUUUUACGGGUAAUAUAGUGAUGCGGAAGUAAUAUAAAGUCACGUGCAAAGAGCGAUACCUUAUGAUGGAAUCUUUGAGGUCCGCAUGCCACAGGGGCAGACGACAUUUAUUUAAAAAAAAAAAUGUUUUCAUAGCUGUUUUGUUUAAUAAACUGAUUAUAUUGGU